AUGCGGUGCCUGGAGUUGCUUCUUCUCAAGCUGCAGUCGCUCUUGCCGGGCGCUGUGGGGGUGGCACAGUCGGGGAGCUCGGCGCUACCGACGUCUCCGCACUCGGCGUCGCCGCUAGCCUCGCCGGCUGUGUCGGGCUCGGCUGCGGGCGUAGGGCCGAUGAGCCACUCGGCGCUGGAGGCCGGGACUAUGCGGACAGCAAUGGUGGAGCGUGCGAGUCCUGCGGCAGGUACAAUGCGUCCUACCGUUGCCGCAGCAGCUUCUGCUGCUCCUACCCCUGCUGCUCCUGUUGCUCCUGUUGCGCCUGCUGCUUCUGCUGCUGCCGUCAUCCUCCAACCCACCGAUGCGCUGGCGGUGCCACCUGCCGGCCACGCCGAGCUUGCCCACUCGGCUGAGGAGUGGUCCGAGUGGACCGGCGAGAUCGAGGUCGAUGCCGAGGUCGACGCCGAGAACACUCCUCUAGCCUUUCCCCGGCGGCCGUCGGCGUCAGCGAACCGAUUGUCGCCGCAGCCCGAGCCGAUGCCCGAGCCGGCUGUUCCACCGAUGCCCGAACUGCCGCCAGCGCCUGUCUCGCGGCGCCCGCGCAAGGCGUCGGUGGUGCCUGCGUCGCCAAUGGGCGCGCACCCGACCGAGGCUGCGCUCGCGCCAUCGCUCCGUGCCGACAACAACGCCUCGCUCUCGGCCUCGUCCUGCGAGUGGGGAUCUGGCUCGUCGCUUUGCUAA